CGUCUGCGAAUCGUUUUCAGCAAUUGAUACGUCAGUUCUCUCUUCAGCAACUAUGGCUAAGAAGCGAACUGCCGACGGCAAGGAGAAGCCUCAACAAGCAACAGCAACGGCCCGGAAACCGCCAAAACGCCCUCGAGAUGCUCUCGACAGUUCGAACCAGGCCCCACCAGGCGGCCAACAUCCAGCCACGUCAAGCAAAGCUUCAGAGACCCAGAAUACGGAGGAGAGUGCACCAAAUCGAAAGAAGAAGCAGAAGCGCGACACGACCGCUAAAGACGUCCCAAAAGCUCCGCAACCCCAACCCUCGAAGCCGCAACACCAGCCAGCGCGCAAGCAGAAACAGAAGCAGCCCCGCCUACCGGACAACGCAUCGAUCUCCAAACGCCCGAUCCACCACCCCGCCCCUCCCACACCAUUCUCCUCCGCCUCCUCCCCCAAAACACUCUACAUAACGACAUCUUCGCCCUUCAUCCCGACUGUAAAACGCAUCCGACGCAUACUGCAGGAAAUCGCUCGUCGGGAAGCUCAAUCCCUGUCCUCCCACCCUUCCAAGCCCGCCAACCGCCAGCCUCGCAAACCCCUACGAGCGAACGGCCGCUUGCAACCCGCCGACGUCGAGAAGGAAAUCGUGGAAGCAAGUUAUGAGCGGAGGGCGAGGGGCGUGGGAAGUGAAGAGGUGUUUGUGAAGGCGACGGGGAGGGCGAUUGAGAGAGCACUGCAGGUUGGCGUGCAUUUUCAGGGCGAGAAUGACUGUAGGGUGAGGGUGGAGAUGGGGAGUGUGCAGGCGAUUGAUGAUAUCGAGGUUAGAAGAGGGAAAGGAGGGGAGGAGGCGGAGAAUGGAGAGGAUGAGGGAAAAGGCGGAAAAGGGAAGAAGUGGAAGGAUGAGGAUAUUCCAGAGACUCGGAUUCGGACGCUGAGUUCGAUUACCGUGGCUAUUGGGCCAAAGUGAUGGAGCAAGACCUUUGUGUGGAAGAUCAAUUGUUGCUGAGAUACCCAAGUCACUUAAAGUAGCAAUGGAAGUAUGCCAUUGCAGGUGGUAGAUGGCAG